UCUCUCUCUCUGCCUUGCUCUCUCUUUCUGAACUAGUUAUUCAUUCACUGUGUGUGCGUCACGGUGGGUGGGGAGGACAGCAGUACCAGUCACACUUCAUCCGUUUUCUCUGUCUCACUCACUCCUGCUUCCUCCUCUCUUUCACUCCCUUUCUCUCUCCCUUGACUGCUAUCCUGGCGCUUCUCUGCAAAAGGAGCAAGCAAGCUAGCUGUGCUCUUUAGUGUUGGUGUCCACACUGGCAUCCUUUGGCCCGCUCUGAGGUGAACAAGAAAUAAACCACAUCAAAGACGAGGUGAUUGGGUGGUGAUACCAGAGUGGGAAGCUAGUCAAAAUGCUUCAGGACAUUGGUGAUAGAGCCAUGGGGGUUUAUGAGUACCUCUUGAAGGGAACAGAUCCGCGACUGUGGAGUUACCCACUCAUGGGGAGUCCGGUGAACAUGUCGGCCAUCUUGCUGACCUACAUCUUCUUCGUGCUGGUUGCUGGGCCUCGCUUCAUGGCCAACCGCAAGCCCUUCCAACUCAAGGAGGCCAUGAUCACUUACAACUUCUCCAUGGUGGCAUUGAAUGCCUUUAUUGUCUAUGAGUUCUUGAUGUCAGGCUGGGCCACGACAUACACAUGGAGAUGUGAUGCAGUUGAUUACUCGGAUAGCCCCCAAGGCCUUAGAAUGGUUCGAGUGGCCUGGUUAUUCUUGUUCUCCAAAUUCAUUGAGCUCUUGGACACGGUAACACUUCAGAUUAUUUCCUACAGAUUUGCAUCUCCUCAGUCUUUCCCCCCUGUUCAUGUUAUGGUCAUCAUGGUUGUAUUUGACAUGUUUCUCUCGUUGGGUCAGGUGUUUUUCGUUCUGAGGAAGAAACAUGGCCAGAUCACCUUCCUGCAUGUCUUCCACCACUCUUUCAUGCCCUGGACCUGGUGGUGGGGUGUCAGCCUAGCUCCCGGGGGAAUAGGCUCUUUCCAUGCCAUGGUGAAUUGCAUCGUCCACGUCAUCAUGUACUCUUACUACGGCCUGUCUGCGGCUGGACCACGCUUCCAAAAGUUCCUCUGGUGGAAGAAGUACAUGACCGCCAUCCAACUGGUUCAGUUUGUGAUGGUGUCCCUCCACGUCACCCAGUAUUACUUCAUGGACAGCUGUGACUACCAGGUACCCCUGUUCAUCCACCUCAUCUGGAUGUAUGGCACCUUCUUCUUUGUGCUCUUCUCCAACUUCUGGUACCAGGCAUACGUGAAGGGAAAGCGGUUGCCCAAGCAGGACUCCAAGCCUGGCCUCAACGGCAAGGCCAAUGGGACCACCAUGGUCGCCAAUGGCAAGCACCACAAGAAAGGUAACAGUAAUGGCACUAGCAACGGUUCCAGUCACAACGAAAAUGGCAGUGCCUAUGCGGGCAAGAUGAAGAAGUCCUAGGGUCUUCGGAAAAGAACAUCUGAGACACGUGAAUACGAGAUCCCGUACGAACUACUGUGGAUUCCAAAGAAUGUUUUGGUUAUGUUUCUUUUCUGAUCGUUUUUUAGUUUUAUUCAGCAUAAAAAGCUGGGAAAAUGACGAGGUCAAUGACUUCUGCGGUUGGGGUCCCACAUUUCGUUUUUUUUUUUUUUUUAACUGGAAACUUACUAUGGAACACAAUUUAUGAAGAGACAUGUUAUGACCUGAUGUUAUCUCUUUACUGAUGUUGCCACCUAUGAUAAAGAUGAGCAAUAAUGACUAUAUAAAAUACAUAAUAAAAAUACUGAGCUAUAUUGUAUACAAGAAAAAUGGGAUAUUAUUUUAUACUAAGAGAAAGAGAUUUUGUUUAACAAGUAAUACUUUUUUUUUCCAAAAAAAAGGUAAGGUUAAAAAUUGACACCUCUGAAGAUUAUUGUAAAUAAAGUAGUCAAAAGUUUAGUAUUUGGUCCCAUAUUCCUAGCACACAAUGACCACUUCAAGCUUGUGACUCUACAAACUUGUUGGAUGGAUUUGCAGUUUUUGAUUGUGUUUCAGAUUAUUUUGUGCCCAAUAGAAAGGAAUGGUAAAUAAUGUAUUGUGUCAUUUUUAUUGUAAAUGAGAAUAGAAUAUGUUUCUAAACACUUGAUUAUGGAUAAUACUACCAUGAUUAUCGAUAAUCCUGAAUUAAUUGUGAAUAAUAAUGAUGAGUGAGAAAGGUACAGAGGGUCAAAGAUCAUACCCCCAAGACAUGCUAAUCGCUCAACAUUUCCAAAAACGGGAGAUUCGAUGUCUUGGCAUUAUCUUUGACCCUCUGUAACUUUCUCACUCAUCAUUGUUCACCCAACCCACAGCUCUUUGUGUGGGGGAGGGGCCUGGUUCAGGGUUGGACUAGGGCAAACACAUAAUACCGGUAUAUGAGUUUGACUUUGAGCUGUUGACAAGCGUACUGUAAAUUACCUAACAAUGCCAAUGACACAACCUCUAAUGGUAAUGACUGUCUGGAAAUGUCUACAGUAUCUAUGACGUGUCAAGGCUAAUGCCAUUCUUACUUCACAAGGCUGUAAGUCCAACAACCUCAAUGAGUUGGUAAAUUACCUGCUUGUCAUGACAGAGCAACAUUAUGGUGCUUCUUUCAAAGCAUUUCUGUGAGACCUUGACACUGUAAAUAAAGGUGGACGUUAAUGUCUCCUUACAUCUGCUCGGAUACUGAUCCUGACGGAAAAUGGAACUUGAUACCUUGAUUUCCACAAGCAUUUCAAACAAUGUUUGACAAAUCCUUGUAUGAUGUCCUUUGUGUUAAUAUGUUUAUUCAUCCUAGGUUGACUGUAAUGCAUUUCGGGUUUAAUCGAGAGGAAUUAAAAUGCAUCCGAAUUUGAAAA